AUGCUCUCUUUUGAGAGAGUUUUUGGAUCUGCUCUCAUUUCUUACGGCCAGAAUCCGGGUCUAGCCUCCUCUGUUCCUUUUCUCUCUUUCAUUCUUUCUCUCUUUCUUUCUUUCUUUGCUCUUUUCUUUCUUUCUUUCUUUCUUUCUUUCUUUCUUUCUUUAAAGGCUGAAUCAUUUGUUACCUUUCCUCCGUUUCUUUGUCUAGCCUCCUCUGUUCCUUUUCUCUCUUUCAUUCUUUCUCUCUUUCUUUCUUUCUUUCUUUCUUUGCUGGUUUCUUUCUUUCUUUCUUUAAAGGCUGAAUCGUUUGUUACCGUUCCUCCGUUUCUUUCUUUCUUUUUCUUUCUUUCUUUCUUUCUUUCUUUUUCUUUCUUUCUUUCUUUCUUUCUUUCUUUUAAGCCUCCUCUGUUCCUUUUCUCUCUUUCAUUCUUUCUUUCUUUCUUUCUUUCUUUCUUUCUUUAA